CUGCGAAUGAAUUUCAUUAACCACGAACCCUAUGAUGCCAGCUCCUUUGCCUAAUCAAAAUUCCAACUUCUUUCAGCUUUCUCUUCUUAAUAAUGACAUUCUUUUUGAAAUUCUGGCAAGGCUUGGCGCCAAAUCUCGUGGGAAGCUCUGCUGUGUUUCGAAAUCUUUCCGUUGCAUCAUAACCGACCCCAGUUUCGUCGAGUUUCACCGGAAUUGGUCCACGGCGGCUUCCCACGGCACAACCGUUCUCUUCUCUAUCCCGGCUCCCAACUUCAUUACCAAAAGCUCGCGGCAUGAGUACAUUCCCCGGCCCGAGGAUUUUUACACCGUAAAUUUCAAAUCCAAUGAAGAAAAUCAGCCCGGAAUCGGAAAGUUAGCGAAACGUGUUAGGCAUAUGGACAGAGUUUCCUGCUUCGGAGAUCUCCGGUAUGGAUCUUCCGCGGCAGAUCGGAUAUGUCUCUUCAAUGGCGAAGGAGUGGUCGUGAUUUGCAACCUCUGCACGGGACAACAGACGCCUCUCCCGCCAUCUCCCGCUUGGUCCGAGUCUCAGGCCGAGGGUUGUGCGCUUUUGGGGCUCGACGGCUCCUCGGACACAUUCAAGGUGUUGAAGCUGGAAGCUUGUUUCAGUGACUGCACGGUCAAGCAAUGGGUGCUCACCCUCGGCCUGGAUGCGACCUGGCGGGAGAUCAAGGGCUCUCUCCAAUUUUACCCUUAUUGUAGCUUCACCUCUGGUGUUUGCAUAAACAGCGUUAUCUAUUUCUAUAAUUUUGUGCGUUAUCAUCUCGGUGGGUGGAGCGCGGUAGACUGUGCCUUCCCCAUCGUGGCAUUCGAUGUUCGGUCUGAGACUUUCCGUCGGAUGCCUCUCCCUCCGAUCACAUAUGAAACGCCACGAUGGGGAAGUCUCCUAAAGUCCUCGUUCCUAGAAUUGGACGGUCAGUUGGCUAUACUUCUUCUCCGCAACAACAUGAUUUUUAUGUGGAAUUUAGACAUUGUGGCGAAUUCGGCAUCGUGCUGGAAGACGCACACUUUCCCCAUUCCCUCCGAGGUGGAGGCUGCGUUAGCGGUGGCCGGGGGUAAAUUUUCGUGCACUCUUACAACUACUCCCACAGGCGAAAUCGUGCUGCUAAUGCCGGAGGCGGGAAUUUCCUCUCUUUGGGUUUUAUUUGAUAAGUUCAAGCCCGCAAGCCGUGUUUGGAAGAAAUUUGGAAUCAAAGGACUUAAAGAUUUUCCUAAUCUUGUUAGCAACUCAUUCAAAGCUAUCAUGGUGCAAAACAUUGCUGAAGCUAUCUUUCACCUGGAAUAGGCCAAUUAUGUACGUAGUGAUAGAUAGUCUCGUUAGCUAGUUUUCCAAUUUUUGUUUCAAUUUAUCAUUAUGAAUUACUCCGUAUUUGUUAAUUUGUUAGAGUAAUUCUUUUUAAGUCAGAUUGGUUAAGAUAGAUGAUUGUAGGUAGGUUGACUGGAUGAAUUAUACAGAGUAGAUGUAGUCAUUUUUACAAAUAAAGAGUCUCCAUAGUG